UUGAUCAGCCUCGUUUUACUGUGACCGAGAUGACCCUUACCUUGUUGAUAGCAGAUCCAACGUCACAAAAGUUUUAAUUGGCAUUGUCAUUGCUUGGUUGAAGACAGAGUAGACUAUACAUGUACAGGACUUUUUGGAAAUAUCUCCAAAUACUUCGAAUUAGUACCCUAGCGGGGAUGGGAGACAUCUCCUCAAGCAGAGUCAUGAAAGCAUUUCGUUCCGUGGACAGGGACCUACCACAAAUUCUCAAGACUACCAACACAUAGGUCUCGCUCUCAGAUGAAUCAGCUAUUUUAACAAAGUUUGAGAAUCUGGUCUGCAGGCAACCUAUACCCACUUUAUAUUUUCUAUUUCAAUGACAAUGUGAUUUAAACCGCACUCUGAAUACAUGAUUUACAUCAUUUGACAUUUGGAGUCGAAAUAUUGCGUAUUUCUUCAGGAUUAAAAACAAUACUGAAAUACGAUAUGACCAAGAGUUACGGGGAGCAGAUCACGGAUGAGUCCAUGUCAACGUCGAACUCGAUGUCCAUUCCGUCUCGAUAUCCCUCGAUAUCAGAGGCAAUGGCUAAACAGAGGGAUGACUUAAAAACCAUGCAGUAUGGUUCUUUACGUCUUGAAGGCAGUCGUCAGGAGACGAAACCACUAUUGGUACCAUCCAGGAAGAACAUUCCCGGUUUCAUCCAAGUUCGCCAUCAGAUGGCAAUAUUAAUAUUCCUUGGGAUGACUGCCGUCUGCGCGAUGCGGCAAAACGUAAGCGUUGCCAUGGUUGCAAUGGUGAAUGAGUCCUACGUCACACACGACGAUCAAAUCGGGAACGAGAGUCAGCAAGGCAUAGAGACCUGCGCAGCUUCUCCAACAGCAAACUCCAGUACUGAACAGACGAGAUCUGGUGAUUUCCUUUGGGAUGCACAGACUCAAGAACUGAUCCUCGCGGGCUUCUUUUACGGAUACAUCUUCACCCAACUCCCAGGCGGCUGGCUGUCCGACAAGUUUGGUAUGAAAUGGAUCCUCGGUUCUGGAUUUCUGUUAUCGAGUGUUUGUACUCUCCUAGGACCUGUGGCAGCUUAUGCUGGAACGGAGUGGUAUUUCGUCACACGAUUCUUCAGUGGUCUCGGUGAGGGUGUCUCUUUCCCUAGUAUGCUUGCCAUGUGGUCUAAAUGGGCACACCCGGAAGAGAGAAGCCGUCUUAGCGUCAUCGGUUUUGUAGGUUUCAACUUUGGAAAUGUGUUGGGUAAUGCAUUAACAGGAUAUCUCAUCAACCUCAACGUAAUAGGUGGAUGGCCUCUUCCAUUCUACAUAUUCGGUUCAAUAGGAUGUCUUUGGUUCUUGUUAUGGAUUUUCGCUGCCUACAGUUCACCACGAGAACAUCCCUGGAUAUCCCCAGAAGAGCGUGCAUAUCUCGAAGAUGGUCUUAGACAUUCUAACACACUAAGGCCAACCGUGCCUUGGAAACACAUCAUCAGGUCCCCUGCUAUGUGGUGCCAAGUGUUCACCCAUUUCCCGCACACACUAGGGAUAUUUACCCUCCUCGUCAACCUACCACUAUACUUCAGUGAAGGGCUACAGGUUUCCCUAGAACUGGCAGGUGUAUAUUCGGCUCUUCCUUACGUCCUUCAAUUUUUCACCAUGUUGCUCACCAGUUAUAUAUCUGAUGGCCUCGUCUCUCGGAAGAUACUCUCUAAAAAGGCAACGAGGAAACUUAUGUCAUUUAUAGGUUUCGGGUCGGGUGCCCUCUUUCUUAUCCUUGCUGGUUUUUCGCGGUGCAACACUGCCCUAUCCGUGACGUUUGUGACCCUUGCCAUGGGCGGGGUUGGUGUUUCUUUCUCUGGUCAUUUCGUGGCCUUACUCGACAUCGCCGGACCCUUUGCUGGUUUUGCCAUGGGGAUGAUGAACACGGCCGGUACACUGGGGGGCAUCGUUGGACCAUACAUUGUCGGCGUUCUUACAGAAAUACAGACCGAUAUUACAGGAUGGCAGAAGGUGAUGUGGACCAUCGCCGGUAUCUAUUGCUUCGGCGGCUUGACUUUUCUCAUCUUCGGCACAGUGGAACUUCAAUAUUGGGCCAUACAGGACUACCAACCAUAUACAGUGAUUGAUGAAUCGGCAAGCUUGAUAAAAAAUGAAAACGUCGACGAGUCUGAGUCUUAAACUCAGGACCCACUUGAUGGGGGGGGGAGUCUACUAAAAGUAUAAAGCUGCAUAUUUGAAAAGGGGAGACUACAACGUGCUGCAGAUGUGUGAUUUAGUUGUCUUUUUUAUGACUACACUUUUGUUAGUUUUCUUGUUAUAAGGACACAUUAGAGAUGUCAAUUAAUGUAUUAUUUUAAUUGAUAUGACUACAGUACUGCUUCGUGUUCUUUGUGUAAUGUUACACAGGAUGUGUGCUUGAAUUGAUCCAAGAAAUCGACAUUUUAGAGGCUACAAACCUGACAUCGACACUUUCUUAUUACCCGAUUUUUACUCAUUGAGGAUUGCAAAGAGUAGAAGUAUAAGUGAAUGUUUAUCUACGGGCUUAAUUCGCUCAAGUAUGUCUUUACCCAUUGACAACUAAAUUUCGUGAUUCCCAUAGACUUUGUACGCAAUGUUCCUGUAUAGGCAAUGGGUUUAUUCCAGUGUGUUCCUAACGGGUUGAAAUAACGAGAAUAAGCGAAUGUUAUGAAACUUAAGAAAAAACCGGAAUGCAUGAAUAAAUAAUAUUUUGCAUAAAACGAA